AUAGCAAGCAGCGUGGUACAGAGGGUCAGGCAGAGGGAUGGUCAGGGUCACAAGCCAGGGAUCAGAACAGGAGAAGUCAGCAGCGGUUCAGAUCAGGCAGGGUCAGCAAAGGAACAGAAACAGGAUGCAGGACAGAUACAGGGCCCAGGACAAACACAACACCAAGGCAGAGUCUGCAGGUCUGGCCAUCCCUUAAAUACACCAGUAUAAUCAGUUCCAGGUGUUAGCUGGCUGAAAGGUUGAGUCUCUGAUUGCUGGGAGCACCCGCUGGCCAGCCCUGGUACUGCAGAUCAAAAGGCAGGUGAGUCCCACCAUUGCUGGCCAGUCCAUUCCUGACAGU